AGUGGCGGCCAGAGGUGUCGCCGCCGCAGCUUCAGCACCAGCGGGCGGAGCGGCGGCCGCGCCAGGCAGCCCGGCGGCACCCGUGCAGCGGCAGCGGCGGCGGCGGCGGCAGGAGCGGCAGCAUGGCCGAACCGGAGGCGGCGGCGGCGGCGGCCACGGAGCCCCCGGCUGUCCCCGGGCCGGAGGGCGAGGAGAGCCACGUCCGCUUCGCCCGCAAAGGCGCCCUUCGCCAGAAGAACGUGCACGAGGUCAAGAACCACAAGUUCACCGCCCGCUUCUUCAAGCAGCCCACCUUCUGCAGCCACUGCACCGACUUCAUCUGGGGAUUUGGAAAGCAAGGCUUCCAGUGUCAGGUUUGUUGCUUCGUUGUCCACAAGAGGUGCCAUGAGUUUGUUACCUUCUCCUGCCCGGGGGCCGACAAGGGACCUGCCUCCGACGACCCUCGGAGCAAACACAAGUUCAAAAUCCACACAUAUUCCAGCCCAACCUUCUGCGAUCACUGCGGCUCCUUGUUGUACGGACUUAUCCACCAGGGGAUGAAAUGUGACACCUGCAUGAUGAACGUGCACAAGCGCUGCGUGAUGAACGUGCCAAGUCUCUGUGGGACCGACCACACCGAGCGCCGAGGCCGGAUACACAUCAAGGCGGACAUUGAGAACGAGGUCUUGACGGUCAUCGUACGGGAUGCUAAAAAUCUUGUUCCGAUGGAUCCCAACGGCUUGUCAGACCCAUAUGUGAAACUCAAACUCAUACCUGACCCAAAAAGCGAGAGCAAACAGAAGACUAAAACCAUCAAGUGUUCUUUGAACCCUGAGUGGAACGAGACCUUCAAAUUCCAGUUGAAAGAGUCCGACAAGGGCAGGCGACUGUCGGUGGAGAUCUGGGACUGGGAUCUGACCAGCAGAAAUGACUUUAUGGGAUCUCUGUCCUUUGGCAUUUCAGAGCUGCAGAAAGCCGGAGUGGAUGGCUGGUUUAAGCUCCUGAGCCAGGAAGAGGGAGAAUAUUUCAACGUUCCUGUCCCCCCUGAAGGUGAAGAAGGCAAUGAAGAGUUCAGGCAGAAGUUUGAGAGAGCCAGAAUCGGUCCAGGUUCAAAAGCUGUGGAAGAAAAGACACCCAACACCAUCUCCAAAUUUGACAACAAUGGGAACCGUGAUCGCAUGAAACUGUCUGACUUCAACUUCCUGAUGGUGCUGGGGAAAGGCAGCUUCGGAAAGGUGAUGCUUUCGGAAAGGAAAGGAACGGAUGAACUUUAUGCCGUAAAGAUUCUGAAGAAGGACGUGGUCAUCCAAGAUGACGAUGUGGAAUGUACCAUGGUGGAGAAGCGAGUGCUGGCCCUGGCUGGAAAGCCCCCCUUCCUCACACAGCUUCAUUCUUGCUUCCAAACCAUGGAUCGCUUGUAUUUUGUGAUGGAGUACGUGAAUGGUGGUGACCUCAUGUACCAGAUCCAACAGGUCGGGCGAUUCAAGGAGCCCCACGCUGUGUUCUAUGCAGCCGAGAUCGCCGUGGGCCUUUUCUUCCUGCACUGCAAAGGGAUCAUUUAUCGAGACCUGAAACUUGACAAUGUGAUGCUAGACUCCGAGGGCCACAUCAAAAUUGCUGAUUUUGGCAUGUGCAAAGAGAAUAUCUGGGAUGGAGUCACCACCAAGACUUUCUGUGGCACGCCCGACUACAUUGCUCCUGAGAUAAUUGCCUAUCAACCCUAUGGGAAAUCGGUGGACUGGUGGGCCUUCGGCGUCUUGCUCUAUGAGAUGUUGGCGGGGCAGGCACCUUUUGAAGGAGAAGAUGAAGAUGAGCUCUUCCAGUCGAUCAUGGAGCACAACGUGGCCUAUCCCAAAUCCAUGAGCAAAGAAGCAGUGGCCAUCUGCAAGGGGCUCAUGACCAAGCAUCCAGCUAAGCGGUUGGGGUGCGGCCCGGAAGGAGAACGGGAUAUCAAGGAGCAUGCCUUUUUCCGAUAUAUUGAUUGGGACAAACUCGAGCGGAAAGAAAUCCAACCUCCCUUCAAGCCCAAAGCUUGUGGACGCAAUGCUGAAAACUUCGACCGGUUUUUCACCCGCCAUCCACCUGUCUUAACUCCACCUGACCAGGAAGUCAUCAGGAACAUUGACCAAUCAGAAUUUGAAGGCUUUUCCUUUCUUAACUCUGAGUUUUUUAAGCCUGAAGUCAAGAGCUAAGUAGACCAUCCUCCCCCUCCCCCCCCAUCCCCACCCCUUGCACACCCAUGGCCAUCUCCAUUUGGUCCUGGCUGCUGUGUGGUGGCACCCUCUGUUGCAACCAUUAGCUGUCAUGCUUUGGAUAUAUAUUUUUUUUUCUUUUGUGGUGAUACUGGAAUGACCAUCCUUCAAAGACUUGAGCUGCAACUGAGUAUGGUUGCAUCCAUGGCACAGGGAGGAGAAACAGCAACUGAAGUGUUAUGGGUCCUCUUGGAGGCUAAGCAGGAGGCAAGCGUUGGAAAGACCCGCUUCCCUUAAAGUUAGCAAAAUGCCUCUGGAUCUGGAGCACCUGUUGAUGGCGCUCUCCUCUCCUCCUCCGCCCCACUCGGCUUCUUCCCAAGGAAGCAGUUGGCAAAAGGAGCGGACGUGCUCUGGCAUUGCAAGAUGGGACUUGGCUCAUAUCUCCUUGGUCCCUUGCAGAAUCGCCUGCUUAGAGGAUGCUGCCUCCUGGUCUUCUCGCUUCACUUUGAUGUGAAACCCAUCUGCACAGAGAGGCAAUUCUCUGUUAUUUCCAUGGCACCUGCAAAAAUCACAAUGACUCAGAACUGGCUGCCAGAGGCCUUCGGGUACAGCCUGCGUUUUAGUUCCCCAAACCUCAGUGAAUCCGUGAAGUUUGUCAGUAGAUGUUCAUACUCCAGGAUGUUUAUUAUUCUUAUUCCCAGGAAUCCUAGGGGAUUGAGAUGGGGGACAAGAACAGUCUCCCCCAUCUCAAUCCCCUAGGAAGGAAGUCAUGCCAGUUAGAUGGGGUGAGGGAGGCAGAAGCAGGCAGCUUCUGUCCCCAGGUGGGCCAUGCUUAAAGAUACACAGAUGCCCCCCUUCCAUAGGAAUUCUACCGUCAGUUAUUGCCAUUUCUCAUGUUCUUCUUAACUAUUCCAUUUAUUUGCAUUAAUAAAUUCACACAUAAAAGAAGUCCUAGAACUAUGACACGUGCUUUCUGUUUCUUCCUUAAAUUAUAUGCCAACCAUCUCCCAGGUUUAUUUGCAUUACAAAAAGUAUUAUGUUUAGCAUAUUGUAUAUUCGUUGCCACCUGGUCUGCCAUUAACAUAUUAAAUUGACUCUGUAAUAUUUUUAUAGCCUCUUUAAGUUUAUGAUCUUGUGGGUUUUGAAUUAAUAACUGUUGCUUCCUUUGAAUUUCUUCUUCCAAAUAUCUACGCUGCUUUUGUUUAUUAUUCCUUUGCCUGUUGUCCA